UCAUAAUAGAAUCGUUGUAAUCCUGAACGAUGUCGCGCAAUAGCACAGGAAAGUUGCAUAAAGCGUUAUGACUGGUUUACAACGAAUCUCUAUAGAUUUUCAAAUCCGAACCGACGGGCCGCAGCCGAGUAAAAACAAAACGAUAAAAAACUUUUCGCGAAGUGUUCUCAUGUCUACUGCGAUGCUUUUAAUGAAGAGUAAAAAAUAUAUUGCGACCUUUACCUUAGAACCGUCUAUUUUUAGACCGGGUUUACUUCCUUCUAUCGUUUCGCGAUCGUUAACUAUUGAAUCAGGUUGUAGUAUCGGGAUAUUUCGUGGCAAAAAGUCAAUCGCUACCGCGAACGGGAUGAAAAAUCCCGGUAUCAUGCGCGUUGCCGUACGUUAUCGUUUAAAAUCAUACUAGUGACUGAUGUAUACAAGAAUACCGAAAUUUCGAUUAUCCACGCAGACAAUUAAGACGAUUCCCCUGGCGUCGGGAAAAAAGCAUGGAAACUUGAGUAAUUGUAGAAAGUUGGGGGUAUUUAUUCGGAAUCCGCCGCAUAUGAAGAUUAAAUGCCGUCGAUAAAUUAUAAUCCCCGAAAGGCGGCCAAAAAUUUGUCUGGCGCGCUCAUUGCUUUUUGGCAGCGUCCGAUGGGAUUUGCCGAAUAAUGCAGAUAUCCGCGCCGUUCAAGAAUCGUUCGAUCGAUGUUUUUUUCCAAAACAAAAUUUCGAGAACGGGGACGAGAACGACAACAUUAUCGCGCGGUAAAGCUCCAUAUUAGCGAAACAAAAAAAAAAAACGAUCGAAAAUAUUUGUUCUCCAAAUACCGAUCUUCCGUCCGAAAAAAGCAACGCUGUCAAUCAGUCGUCGAUGUUAAACUCGUUCUGAAUACGGAAUUUCUCUGAUUUACGGCCGCGGACCAGACGGGCCGCGCGCUUGUUGCACCGGUGCAUGUUUAAUUUUAAGCCUGAACCGAGUCUCGCAGAGUGUAUAUUUAGUCUAGCUGCGCAUGCGCGAUCAGAUCAAACAGCGAUGAAUAUCGUGACUUUGGGCCGAAAUUCGCGAGAGCGAAUAUACAAAACUUGAGUGCGUUUUUUUUCGGGCCAGAAACGCUCGUAAAUUCCCGUGUGCCGAGGCGUGGGUGCAGGAGUCGUCCGCCGGAAAAAAGUCGUCCGCGAGAGUACGUGUCGAGUGCGUGUCGCGCGUGCGGUCGAGCCCUCUGCCUGCCAGUUAGCAUCACAGUACACACGGCCAUUUUAGCUCGGCUCGAAUUGUUGAAAAAUUUGUGAAAAGCGCGAAAGAUGGAGGGUCUCGACGUCUGGGGUCAGAUCGCGGUGGAGACCUCGCAGAUGUACGUGAGCGAGGGCGGCGUCAUAAAGAGCCGAUUCGCGAACACCACGAUAGAGUCGCUGGAUCCGAAGAUUAUCCUGCACGUAUUCAGCUACCUGUCCCACCGGGAGAUAUGUCGCAUGGCCAGGGUGUGCAAGAAGUGGCGCACGAUCGCCUAUGACAGCAAGCUGUGGUCGCACGUAUCGCUGAGGCCCGAGGUCAGCGGUCUCCACGUCAACUCGCUCGACACCCUGCUGCAUCUGAUAAGCGUGCGCUUCGGGGCGUCCCUGCGCUACAUCGAACUGCCAAUCGAGCUGAUCACCCACACGGUCUUUCACGAGCUCUCGAACAAGUGCCCCAACCUGACGCACAUGCUGCUCGACUUCUCCACGGCCAUGCAGCUCCACGACUUCUCGGAGAUGCAGGCCUUCCCCACGAAGCUCCAGUACCUCUGCAUCUGCCUCUCGGGCGUCAUCUUCAUGGAGGGCUUCAUGAGCAAGAUCUACAACUUCAUCAACGGCCUCAAGAUCCUGCACCUCAUAGGAACUUACGAGAAGAUCGAGGAGGAGGACGACGGCGAGCAGCUAUACGAUGUGGUGAGCAUCGCCAAGCUCAGGCCGGCCGUCCCUAACCUCAGGGUGAUCAACUUCUACGGCAUCAACUUCAUCAGGGACGCCAACUUUGACGAGCUUUCCAACUGCAUACAGCUCGAGUGCCUGGCCAUCAACUUCUGCCCCAAGGUCACGGGCGAGAAGCUGAAGAACCUCGUCCAGAGAUGCAGGCGGCUCAGGUGCCUCCUCAUGCAGGGCACCAGCCUCAGGAGCGAGUACUUGAUGGAGAUCGAGUGGGAGAAGGUCAACAUCCAGGAGCUCGACAUCACGGCGACGGACCUGUCGACCGAGUGCCUCGUCGACAUGCUCACUCGGAUCCCGAGUCUGCGCUUCCUCAGCGCCGGCCAGCUCAACGGCUUCAACGACAGCGUCCUCAAGGCCUGGACGGAGCAGGGCAACCCUCGCAACCUCCUCGCUCUCGACCUCGACAGCUCGGACAAUCUCACGGACGACGCUCUGCACAAGUUCCUCUCGCGGCACGGACACCAGCUCUGGGCCAUAGCCCUCUCGGGGAUGCCCCACAUCACCGACCAGCUCUGGCAGACCGUCCUGCCCAUCUUGAACAACGCCAAAAUCAUCGUGAUGGGGACGCAGGAGAGGCUGGGCGUCAACAUCCACGUGGACCAGCUGAUGGACUGCAUAGCCAACCACUGCCCGAACCUCGAGCGCCUCGAGCUGCGCUGGGACCCGGAGAACCUGAGAUUCUCCGACAAAAGCCAAAAGGCCAUCGACAUUCUGAGAGUCAAGUGCACCAAGCUCAGGUGUCUGACGCUCAGCGACGGCAGGUACUACGAGAUCGUCAAGGCCAACUUUGAACGAGCCGACAGGACUACCGUCGUCCGAACGACAACUUGUUGCCGAGUUUCCAACUACUACAUGCUGCUCAACUACAAAGAUCUCAUCUUCAACUGAUACACGUUGCUGCCGAUCGACGUGACGGGGAAACUCCGAAACAAAGUAUUUCCACGCGGUAUUUCUUUUCUAAGCUCCUGCACGAGGAGACUCGACGAUACAUGUAUAUUGUACAGUAUAAUACGCGGGCGCUUCUUCGUUAAAUGUAAAAAGGAAGCUUUGCGCAACGUCCUGUAAACGUGCUCGGCGCUUCUUACACAAUGCACGUUUUGUGCCUCGACGAAUAACGAGAAAAGAUGGAGGAGAGGCUGCCAGAAGCUGGCGCUGUCGUCUAUUUGGCUUUGUCGCUUAUAUUAUAUUGUAAUUGAUUAAACUUGCGCGGGACGUCGUUGCGCUUCCCGAUUGUCAUAUUCGCUGACGCGUCAAUUCCCACGGCUUUGCAUACACACGACAAUUUGUAAAAAAAAAAAGCAUGUUCCGAAUAAAAAAAGGUUAUUUGUUGACAGAGAGAAUACACUCUAUACGUGUCUCGAGACGUGUGUGUGUGUGCGCGCGCGCGCGCGUGCGUGUGUGUGCGUGUGUUUGAACUAAUGUAUUGUUAUUAACACCAAAGAGUAUAUUUUUAUAGAUACGUAAAUAUAGCUGUGUUUGAAUAAAUACCAGUACUCAUAA